GUAGACAAGAGUGCUUGCUAAGUGAACUACUAUAAACGGGGCCAACCUCUCCCAUGGCAAGGUUGCUGCAAAAAGAACUGAAAUAUUUGUAUCCUUCCUGAUCAGCCGUGCGUUUUUUCCUAUGUGUGCUUCUGAUCGACCAAGUCGGAUCUAACUUAGUGUACAUCGAGGAUGCGUUUUCUGUUCUUGGUGAGCCUACUGGCUCUGGCCUAUGCCAAACGGGACUAUGUUGACGUCUCAGCUGAUAUCGUUGCUCGCAUCAAUGCCAUGGACACUACAUGGAAGGCCGGGGCUAACUUUAAAGGCGAGAGCUGGGAGUCAGUGAUAUCCCGUCUAGGGGUCCUGUACCCACUGAGAGAGGAACACAAGUUACCCCUGUUCGUCCACGAUAUCGUCAGAGAUAUACCUGAGACGUUUGAUGCUCGCACACAAUGGCCACAAUGUAAAUCCAUUUCCCUCAUCAGAGACCAGGCUGCUUGUGGAUCGUGCUGGGCAUUUGGUGCAGUAGAGUCCAUGUCAGAUCGUGAAUGUAUCCACAAUAAAAUCCAAGUAAAUAUCUCUGCCGAGGACCUGAAUUCAUGUUGCCGUCUUUGCGGUAAUGGCUGUGGAGGUGGCUUUCCAGCGGCUGCCUGGAGUUACUGGAAAGACACUGGUUUAGUGAGUGGCGGCUUGUAUGCCAGUAACAGUGGCUGCCAGCCCUACUCUAUACCUAGCUGUGAUCACCAUGAGCCUGGCCAUCUUAAGCCAUGUGGUGAUUCCGUGUCCACUCCUAAAUGCCGCUCAACAUGCAGACAGGGGUACAAUGUCACCUUCAAGAGAGACAUACAUUACGGAGCCAAAGUUUACUCCAUUUCGUCAGAUGUAAAGCAGAUACAAACCGAGAUUAUGACCAACGGACCAGUAGAGGCUGAUUUCACCGUUUAUUCAGACUUCCCUACCUACAGAUCAGGUGUUUACCAGCACAAUACUGGCUCUCUACUUGGUGGUCAUGCAAUCAGGAUUCUAGGAUGGGGCGUAGAGGGCGGUGUUGACUAUUGGCUGGUUGCCAAUUCAUGGAACCCAGACUGGGGUGACAAUGGUUUCUUCAAGAUCAAGCGUGGCACCGACGAGUGUGGAAUUGAGGAUGAUAUCAACGCUGGAAUACCGAGAAAAUAGACACCGCAGCCAAAAAGCACAAGGAAUUUGGGAUUUAACUGAUUUAUUUGGUUGUCAUUAGAUUAAAUAAAAUAGCCUAAAAGGGAAAUUCUAAUGAUUUAUUUAAUUGGAUGUUCAAAGAAAUUUGUAAAAUGUAUUGAAUAUCAAACUAAUGCAUGUGUUUGACGCUCUGCUGGUACGGUGACGGGACCCACCAAGAAGUAGAGAGCCGCGUCUGGAUUGGCGGCUACGACUACUGCUAACGGCUAUGGCUGGAACAACACGUCACCAUGAAA